AUGCAACCGGAGCGAGUGCAGCCGCUCCAAGCGGCGAGUGGUGCGCUUGUAUCCGUCGUCGGAGACGUCGCAUCCGGAGUCCGCCACCUGAGACGCACGAACGCGGGCAGCCGUUCUCCCAUGGCGUGUUCUGUCUUGCGGGCGGCCGUGCUUCUGGCGGCUUCGGUGCUGAGCUCCCACGCAGUGUGCAUCGUGCCGGACGAGCCGUUCCGGGAGAUCCGCAACGCCAGCGAACAAGUGCAGAGUCUCAUCCAGUACUUCCGCACGGGUGCGGAGAAAGGGGCGACUUACCGCGAGCUGUCCCUGUUCGUGGAUCGGUUUGGAAGUCGUAUGCUCGGUAGCGUGGAGCUGGAGAAGUCCAUCGACUAUCUGGUGGAGCGCUUUGGACUGGACCACUUCCAGGACGUCCACACGGAGGACGUACUCGCCGUACGCUGGCGUCGACAACACGAAGUGGCGCGCCUCGUGCGCCCCGAAGAACAUGCGCUGCACGUCCUCGGCCUAGGCGGUUCGUCCGGCACGCCACCCGGCGGAGUGACAGCGCCGCUGGACGUGGUCAAGUCGUUCGCAGAGCUGGAAAUGAAGGGCGUCAGCGUGAACGGCCACAUCGUGCUCUACAUGCCGGAGUGGAAGGGCCACAGCAACUACGCCGGCUACUUGCUGCAGGGCACCACCAAGGCUGCCCGCCUGGGUGCGCUUGGGGUGCUAUUCCGCGCACCCGAGCCGCUCACUGGCACUGCCCUCUUUGCGGGGCUCACGGGCUACGAGAAGGACGCACCGCGCAUCGCCGCCGCCGUGCUCACCAAGCAGGACGCCGACCUGCUCGCGCGCAUGGUCGAUCGAAGACAGGAAGUAAUCGUCCACCUCAGCAUGGAUCCCGGCGAGCCACAGCAAGUCGUCUCCAGGAACAUAAUAGUGGAAUGGAAAGGGAUCAAAUACCCCAAAGAGUACAUCCUUCUGGGCGCGCACGUCGACAGCUGGGACAUCGGCCAAGGCGCUGCAGACAAUGCGGCUUCUGUAUUCAUCAUCUGGCGCGCCCUAUCAGCGCUCAAGCGGCUCGAGCUGAGGCCCAAGCGUACCGUGCGCUUCGUUGUCUGGACGGCUCGCGAGCAAGGCAUGGAGGGCGCCACCGACUUCUUCCGGCGCUACGCCGCCGACAGCGGCAACACGACGAUGGCCAUGGAGCUGGACCUAGCGGCGUUCACGCCCACGGGCCUGGCACUGUCCAACGUGCGCAGCAACGACACCAUCUGCAUCGUGCGCGAAAUGCUCAAAGAGUUCGAAACCAUCGACGCCAACGGGCUGACGCGGGGCGGCGGCGCGCCUGAGCUGCGUCACUGGCGCGAGGCUGGCGUCCCUGUAGCGGGAUUCAACACGGCCUGGUACUACCACGAUGACAUGCGCCACUCGGAAGCUGACACCGUGUCCGGCAUCCAGAGCGAGGACCUCGACCUCAGCGCCUCGAUGGUCGCCGGUCUGGUGCACAUGCUCGGCCAGUUGGAACGCAAGUUGCCCCGCUAACAUGCACCGGUUGAAGACCACGGCGGUACAAGUCGCAACUCUGCGCUUCUGUACCGUGUAAUAUUAGAAGAACUGGUUUCGUCUGACUUGAUCGCUUUGCUGAACAAAAGGCGCCGAAUAAACAAGG